AUGGAAGAGCACGAUGUAUUUUUGGACACACAGGAGGACUCUCUUCUUCUUCAGUACCCGCUAAACACUGAACUGCCGUCCUUAGUGGAGAUAAAAACAAAAUCAGAAGACACAUUUGCUGAGACCAAGGCAGAGACAUCUGCUGGACAAAUCAGCUACAGAUCAGUUGAGUCCAGCACAAUAAACAAGUACUUCAUACUCUCGGUGGGCGAGGAGAUAACAGGAGUGCCAGUGAAAAAAAUAUUCCAGCUAAGACCUUUUCUGCCAGAAACAGACGAGAUUCUGAAGAAGAUGGACAAAAAAGAAACAAAAGUGUUUGCAAUGAAUGAAACACAGGAAGAGUUUGAAAACAGAAUGAAGAACCCAAACUAUGUCGUUGAAAAAGUGAAUAAAAUGCCAUGGAAAAACUACCAGAUAAACAAAGAAACUGCCGCAGAAAGCAUGCCGCAGCAGCUAAAAGCAGAAAUGGCCAGGGGAGCACCAAUAAAACACUCGCACUACAAAGAAGCACAUACUCCCAUGGAAAAGAUCAAAGAAACCAUCUACAAUGCAAGAGUGGUGAAUAUGAGCGAGCUAGCAAGGGUCUAUCCAACGGUUCCCAUGUCAGACAUAAGCCAGGCAGUCUCUGAAAUGACAAUAGAGUUCCUCGACAGAUACGUGCUAAAGCCAGAGUACUUUAACGAUCUUGCUCCCAUGCUUAUAAAUAUACUAAACAGAAUGAAAAACACAGGGGGCGUGCUGACUCUGACAAAGGAAGAAAUUAUAAACUCGUCAGAGGAGUUCAACUACGUACUAAGCCAAGUAUCGCACAAAGAAGCCCACUACUACAGAUUAAAAGGGUACUUUGAAUGA